AGUAUAGCCGCAGCUUAGAGGUGGAUAAAGUUCGUCUCCACGUUGGAAGUGAUAGAAAGUACUAUACCGAAGCAGACACUGAGGAGAUAAGUCUAAACCAAAAGUAUAUAUUUUACCUGAUACAGAACUCUGACGUUUAUCGAUUAGAGGGAUAGUUGUUUUUUCUGUUGUCAUUCUUUAUUCAGGGGAAAAGUUUUCACAGGACACAAAGUUGUCAAGUGAGUUGAACUUCCAACAAUAGGCGGACUCUACUCGGGGGAGUUGAUCGCGAUUGAGCACUUUCAAUUUGAUUCAGUAGGAGGAUCUAUCCGAAGAUUUGGAUGUUUGGACUUUCGUAGGAAAAUCUCCCCUCGAGAUAAAAAAAACAAACAAAAAAAACUGUGCUUUAUUAACCGACCAAGAUGGAAGCGACAUUCUAUGACGAAUCUUUGAAUGCCUCGAAUUCUCAACACGACGGAAUGGGAGGAUACGGAUUCAACCCUAAAACCCUAAAGCAGACCAUGACACUGAAUCUGAACGACCCGAAAACCUUCAAACCCCAGAUGCGCUCCAAAGCCAUCGACAUUCUCACGUCCCCGGACGUCGGGCUGCUGAAACUGGCCUCGCCUGAACUGGAAAGACUGAUCAUCCAGUCCUGCAAUGGGCUGACAACUCCCACCCCGACCCAGUUUCUCUGUCCCAAAAAUAUCACCGACGAGCAGGAGGGCUUCGCCGAGGGUUUCGUGAGGGCGCUGGCCGAGCUCCACUAUCAGCAGCAGAUGCCCGGCGUGAACGCGGACGCGCAGAAGAGCGCACCCAACGACAUGGCCUCCGUGUCGGCGGCGUCCGACGGCGGCAUACCCUUCAGCUGCACCGUACGCGCGGAGCCCCCGGAAUAUACAAACUUGGGCACCUUCAGUCGGGCUGUCAACUCAACGCCGACACCUGCUGGCGAAAGAAACUCCUCGUCUACGAGUUACCCGGCAGUCCCGUCCCAGAACCACAACGACCCCCAUCUGGUGGCGCAGCACCCGCGGCUACACGGUUUCAAAGAGGAACCGCAGACGGUGCCGGAGAUGUCCGGCGAAACGCCUCCGCUCUCCCCCAUCGACAUGGAGACCCAGGAGCGCAUCAAGGCGGAGAGAAAGCGCAUGAGGAACAGGGUGGCCGCGUCCAAAUGCCGGAAAAGGAAGCUGGAGCGGAUCUCUCGGCUUGAGGAGCGGGUCAAGACGUUGAAGACCCAGCACACAGAGUUGGUUUCGUCCGCGAAUCUCCUCCGGGACGAGCUGGCCUUGCUCAAGCAAAAGGUCAUGGACCAUGUUAACAGCGGCUGCCAGCUGAUAUUGACGCAGCAGCUCCAGGCUUACUGAACUGAACUGUCAAGUUAGCGGGGGUACGGAGACGCGCUCCAAAGCGAGAGACGCAUUUCAAGAUACGUUGGGGACCAAAUGCAGCUCUAAGUGGCGUGAUUUUAAGUGAUUUGCGCCCUGACGGAAGACAACGGAAACUUGGUGGGGUCAAGACGCGUGGGCCAGCAAACCGUGCGCCAUGCCUUGCCCACAAAGUCGUACACAAUGUCUUGUAGCAGUUUAUGCAUAUAGACUUGAGUCUAGCACUGAGUUUUCUCACCAGCGACGAUUUGUACAGAGUAACACAAUAAAAAAAGAAAACCUUGUUUUCACACCUUUUAGCCCACCCGAGGACACUGGCUCAAUGACAUAUAGGUGUGUAGUGUUUACUGACAAAAUGCCUUACUUUCUUAAACUUAACAUUGAUACAAUUUUGUGAUAUAGGUUUAUCUUCUGUUAGACCUGGAAUACUACUUUGUAAUACUAUUUUUACGACAUCUUUUGAGCACUUAAAACUGUAAAUAUGACAAAAUAAAAUCUUGGACACGUAA